AUCCGGUAAUGCCGUUCGUGCUGCAAUACGCGAAGAUCGCCGUGCCACUCACGAAUCUGCUGAAAAAGAGCAUGCCCUACAAAUGGGAGCCAAAGCACCAGAAAGCCGUGGAGCAGCUGAAGCAAGCAUUCAGGUCUGCACCAGUACUCAUCUUGCCAGACCCCGAAUGCGACUAUGUCAUCGAAGCUGACGCCAACGACCAGGCAGUGGGAGUAGUCUUGAUGCAAGACCAGGGGAAUGGACUGCAACGAAUCGCCUAUCUCAUCAAGAAGCUACAUGGGGCAAAACUCAACAACCCGAUACAUGACAAGGAGGCCCUUGCUAUCAUCAUCGCCUUCAAAAUGUGGAGAUGCUAUCUCGAAGGAUGCAAGACGACAGUCUACACCGACCAUUGCAGCCUAAAAUAUUUGAAGACGCAACCAAGCCUCUCCGGGCGACAGGUUCGGUGGAUCGACUUCCUCGAGACGCACUUCUACUACGGCAUCGUGUACAAGCCUGGCCAUAAAAACAAAGCCGAUGCACUAAGCCGGCCCGCACACGUUGCCGCGAUCCAGAAUCCCUUCAAUCGGAGCAAGAACGCGAAAGCUAUGAAGAUUCAAAGUUCAUGAGCUUGCGUUACAAUUGCGGCGGUUACAAAGUGAAGUUGUGGGGUGACUCUAUAUGGAGUUGGGACCUUUGGGGUUGGGGAAAUUUGUCACUCUACUGUAACAGCUGCAAAUUGGUUGGGAACAACCAAGCUAGGUUGGCAAGGGUGGCCAACUUGGAUGGAUUGGUUGGGGAGGGACAAAUGUCAAAGUUGGGGUUCCUAUAGGGAGGGAAUCUUUGUGCUUAUGGGGUUUCCUUGG